AUGUCAUUUUCAAUGAAUUGACCGAGUUUUAUUCAAUUUUCAACUUAUGUUCCAACAUCAGCACCAUAGUCGAUCAGUGAAGGCCUCCUCUCUCAUGAAAUGAUUCGACGCGUUGGAGACUAGCUGUGUUUGAAUUUGGCCAUUCAUUUCACCAUAAAUGUGUUCGUCCAAGGAUCACAACAACUGGUUAACCAUUGGAGAAAUAAUCAGAUUCAUUACCAAACCUGUUGCUUUGUACACCACUAAGAUCAUUGAAGAAUGGUAUGCCAAGCUUCCUUGUCUUUCGCUGCCGCAAUGUACAAAUCCUGCUGUUUGCCUGACAAAAAAGGAUCCUCGCGAUCUUUGCCACUCCUGCAAGACUUGGUACGAUGAGCUUGCCAAGUCCCAUCGAAAUAAAGACAAACGACAGAUCAAAUGGCGCGGAAACUGCGACACAUCAAAGUGGCUGAAUGAUUCUUGGGAGGUUGCCAAGUUCUUUAUGUCUGCUCUUGGAGACAACAAAAGAACCGUUAAAGACGCCGAAUCCACUGAUUUAUCGUCUCUUCUGAACGUCCUCGAAUGGAUGAAAGAUGCGGUCUUUGCCCCAGACAGACGUGUAGAUCGUAACCUCGUUAUUCAGCUUCGUUCCAACGUUAGGCACUCUUGGGCUCAUGCGCCUCGUCACGAAUUGCCAGAUCAUAACCGUAUCAAUGCUUUUGAUAUUGCCAAGAAGUUUUUAACCGAUCUUCACAAAGUUUUUAACCGUAAAGAAGUUAAAGAGUGCACGAGGCUUAUCAUAGAUCUUAAAACUAAUGGAAUAACCAACGUUAAAGAAACCAAGUUAAAAAAUCUUGAAUUAUUGAGCUUUGAGUUAGGUGGAGAAGUCAGCCAAAUGAAGGAAGAAUUAAAGCGUUUGAAAGAUGAUCAAACUUCUGACAGGCAGGUUAUUGAAAGUCAGGAAGAAGAGUUGGAGAAUUUGAAGAUUAAAUAUAAGUCAUUACAAACUACUAUCAAGUCAUUACAAGAUAUCGUCAACGUUCAAGUCACGGGUGGGCAGUUCCAACUGAAAAGUUCUAUUCUUGACAAACCACAAAUAUUUAUUGGCCGGGACAUUGAAGUGAAUGAAAUAAUAUCUUCCUUGGUUAAGAAUGACUGUGGAAUUGUCUGUAUUGUUGGUGGACCAGGUUUUGGUAAAAGCACUGUUGCAGUUGAAGUUUUCCAUCAUUUAAGAAAUACCCAUGACUUUGUCGUCAUUUUCUCAUACCUGCGAAAUGUUUCAACUCUUUCAGACGUGAUUUUACAUCUCUGUCGAGACAUUGGCAUCAAUUCUGGAGAAAAUCCUGAAUCGUCGUUGAUGUUAUGGUUGAGAAGUAUUAAUGAGAAGAGAGUUGUCCUUGUAAUGGACAACAUUGAGCAGCUGCUUGAAAGCAACGAGAAACAUCACUUUGAUGAAUUAUUGUUUACGCUCCGCAAAAAUUCACAGCAAUAUUUGCAGUUCCUAGCAACGACAAGAACUGAAUUCACAAUUCCGAAUCAACAAACCAUCGCUAUAAACAAACGAAUAAAAGUGUUUGAUGAACAAGUUAGUGUCGAACUUUUGCGAAAGUGUUGUCCUAGUGAUGAGAUGGUGGAGGAUAAAUACCUCUCUGACGUGGCUGAACUGUGUGGCUUCCUUCCUCUCGCUUUGUGUCUCGCAGGAAAACGAAUUCAAGAUCUUGAUGAUCCUUCGAAGUUAACAAAAUGGUUAAGAAAGAAGCCUAUGGAAACAUUGAAGCCUGUUCAACAAGCCUUCGAAUUUUCUUUUCAGAUGUUGAAGGAUGAGGAACAAAAAGCUUUGGUUCGUCUUUCUGUGUUUGAUGGGAAUUUCCGAAGUAAAUCCGCGAAAAAGGUUAUUGAGAAAAAUAGUUUGGAAACCCAAGAUUUUUUAGAAAAUCUCGUUGCUCGAAGUUUAAUAGAAAGCAGUAGCGAUAAGCGCUUCGUGAUUCAUUCGCUCAUCCGACGCUUCUUGGCUGAUAAUGACAGCUUUCAACAUGAAAAAGCAGCGGCUCAAGAAUUUAUGGUGAGUCAUUUUCUACACAUGUGCCAUUCAUGGACAUGGGAUUGUUAUUCGCCCAACGGGUUUACUGGCGCCAGGGAGUCACUUAAAAAGGAUAUCCACAAUGUCGAGAAAACGUUGAAAAUCUGCAGCCAAGAUAGAGAAACCAAUCCAAACAUUCCCCAGCUGUUGAGAGGAAGUGAUAUUUACAUUGCUUCGGCGAGAUUCUUUUACAACUUCAGCUGGGAUCUUCUUCCUGUAACGGUUUUGAGGAGUUUCUUUGAAUCUUGUAUGAAACUAGCCGAAAGUCGACCAUGUAUUGAGAUCCUUUUCAAAUGUCUGGUAGCUGAUCAAGAAGGUCGUAAAUCAGCAUGGAAAUCUCAGGAAUACUUUGAAAGAAUGGAGGACAUUAAGGCAGCAUUUUACAAAAAUGAGGCUGUAAUGAGAGAGGAUCGGGCCUUAUUCAUGUUUUCUUAUCAUUCUUUCGCGCGUUACGAUCUAGACAAAGAAACAAGUGCAACAACUACUAAUCCCCAGGAAGAUGAUGUACCGCCGUUACUUGAUGACAAGGAAGCAAGUACUAAAGAUAAAGUUGCUGAGGCACAUAUUCUAAUGGAACGAGGAAAUUUAAAGAAGAAACGUGCAAAUGUUUUCCGCAAAGACAAAGAAAGGUACGAUGAAUACAUGAAUUCUGCCAAAUUAUUUUACGAUGAAGCUUUGUCGUUAUCCAAAGAUGUGUUGGGCGACCACGAAUUAACUUGCAUACUCAAUAAACUGUUAGGAGACUUAUUUCUUAACCUGCAUAAGAACGAAGAAGCACUCGGGUACUACACUGAUGCCGUAAAUCUGCGCAAGACAAUGAAACUUGAUUCUAACGAGGCGUUUGUGUUCUUGCUGAAGAAUUGUGGCGUGUGCCUUGCUUAUCUCUGUCGUUUUGAUGAAUCAGUGAAAAGGUUAGAAGAAGCGCGCGACAUUGCCGACAAACUCGCUGAAAAGAACACCCGAUGUCGAGCAUUGGUGUAUUAUCAGUUGGCGAUAACUUAUAGCGACGGGGAAAUUGAUAGCCAAGAAGCCGUGAAGUACGCCAAAAUGGCUAUGGAGAUUUACAAGUUGUUGGACCCGCGUAACGUAAAAGAUUUGGAAACGAUUAUUGAAAAGGCAGGGCCAGAGGAGAAUGUGGCGUUAUAGAACGCUUCGCAACUGUAAUAUGCAUUCAAAGUUUGGAACAAAUUGAUUGAGUGUACAUUUUAAGACCCUUAGAACGCAUGAGACGUAUACGUGUUUUGUUAUUAAUAUAGUUAAAGAAUUUAUAUCAAGGCGUUUUGUUGAACAAUAGAUUAGACUAGAUUUAUUGACUUUAUUGAACAAUAGAUUAGAUCAUGUUUUUAACAAUAAAAGACAACACACGAAAAAUUGUGAAAAUGGUACUCAGUAUAGGUUGUCUUUGAAACCAAAAAUGGGG